AUGACUCGUAUAUCUGCAUCCAGAUUCUUCAGAUGGCUCGAAGUGCCCGUCGAUGAAAGACACACUUUGAGUGUCCUUAAGAACCCAGAUCUGUUACCCAUCCCAGUGAAACAUCAGACAUGGGGGUUUUGGUCCAAUUUCAGUUACUGGUCAGUCAUGUCCUUCAGUGUCGGAACGUGGGUUAGUGCCUCUUCUGCCUUAAGUGUUGGGCUAAGUUAUCCCGAAACCAUUGGAACAUUCAUCGUUGGUGAUGUCCUUACCAUCUUCUUUACGCUAGCUAAUUCUUACCCCGGGUAUGAUUGGAAAGUCGGUUACACAUUAACUCAAAGAUUCGUCUUUGGUAUAUAUGGUUCAGGGUUCGGGAUCCUCAUCCGUAUCCUUAUGAGUAUCGUCAAUUACGCUUCCAAUGCAUGGUUGGGUGGGCUUUGUAUCAACAUGAUCUUAGAUUCAUGGUCUCAUCACUAUUUGAACCUACCUAAUACAUUAACUCAUAAAGUCGCCAUGACCACCAAGGAAUUGAUCGGUUUCAUCAUCUUCCAUGUCAUCACCAUGUUCUGCUACCUUUGGAAACCAUACCAUAUCAACUACAUCAUGAUCAUCUCAUGUUUCGCCACUUGUUUCUCCAUGAUGGGUAUGAUCAUCUACUUAACUAAGGAAAACCAUGGUGUUGGUAACUUUUUCACAUCCACCCACGGAACUGCAAAGGGUUCAGAUAAAGCUUGGGCUUGGGUCUAUAUGGUCUCGUAUUGGUUUGGAUCCGUGUCACCUUCCAGUGUCAAUCAUCCAGAUUAUUCGAGAUUCGGUACUAAUGAAACAGCCAUUUGGUUGGGAACCAUCAUUGCCCUAUUGGUCCCCACCACUUUAAUUCCCGUCUUUGGUGUCAUUGGGGCCUCUACAACAGAACAAUUAUAUGGCACACAACUAUGGCAACCCAUGGAAAUCUGUGAUCAAUGGCUAAGAAAUAACUACAGUGCCGGUGCAAGAGCCGCUACAUUUUUCUGUGGUCUUUCCUUCACAUUAUCUCAAAUAUCUUAUACAAUUUCUAGUUCAGGUUUCGCCAGCGGUAUGGAUUUGGCUGGUGUGUUACCUAAAUACAUCGAUAUCAAGAGAGGUGCCAUCUUUUGUGCAUUGGUCUCCGUGGCAUUACAACCAUGGAAUUUCUAUAACUCUUCAUCCACUUUCUUAACAGUCAUGAGUUCCUUCGGUAUUGUCAUGACACCAAUCAUUGCCGUCAUGAUCGCUGAUAACUUCUUGAUAAGAAAGAGGAAGUACUCUAUAUCACAGGGGUUUGUUGGUAAAGGUAGUGAAUAUUACUUCAAUAAAGGUUUCAAUUGGAGAGCAUUUGUCGCUUGGGUUUGUGGUAUGACCCCCGGGUUACCUGGUAUUGCCUGGCAAGUUAACAAUAAUUACUUCCAUAAUAAGGGAAUUAUUAAUUUCUUCUACGGUGAUUCCUUUUUCUCCUUUGUCAUAUCUUUUUUCCUUUAUUGGUUCCUUUGCGUCGUCUUCCCCUUCGAGAUUAAUAUCUUAAAUGAUGAGAAGGAUUACUAUGGUGCAUUCACUGAAGAAGUCGCUAGAAAGAAGGGUAUGGUUCCAUAUUGUGAGAUCACUGAGGAGGAAUUGGAACAAUUUAGAAUGGAUAAGGUUGAUGUCACUUACGUGACCAAGAAUGGAUCGUCGGACUCUUCAGAUGAGGAAUUUAAAGAAGGUGCAGGACAUCAAGAAGUUUUCUCAAAGGCAUCCACGGAUCAUACUACUCAAUUCGAAAUAGUGGAACAACCAAAGACUGAUAAGACGGAAAGUGAAGUGGAUGAAGGUUCCAUACACGAAAGAAUAUCAGUGGAAACAACUAAGCAAACAAAUUAA